CCUACUUGACCAAGUGAAGAAAAGCUCGCUGUACUGCACUUAGGUCUCAGCUCGAUCGCCAUAUAUAUCGAAGAGAGGAUGAGCAGCAUGCAGGAGAAGAUGGUUAGGGAGGCCAUGGCGGCGAUGAACGGCCAUGCCGCCAGCGACGUCGCCGUGAACCUCUACCCGUUCAUCCGCAAGUACACCGACGGCCGCGUCGAGCGGCUGCUGACCAGCACCUACGUGCCGGCGUCCGAGGACGCCUGCAGGGGCGGGGUGGCGACAAGGGACGUCGUCAUCGACCCCGGCACCGGCGUGUCCGCGCGCCUGUUCCUCCCUGCCGCCGCCACCGCCGGCGGCAGGAGGCUUCCCGUCGUGCUGUACUUCCACGGCGGCUCCUUCUGCACGGAGAGCGCGUUCUGCCGCACGUACCACCGGUAUGUCAGCUCCCUCGCGUCGCGCGCCGGGGCGCUCGUCGUGUCGGUGGAGUACCGCCUCGCGCCGGAGCACCCGAUACCCGCGGCGUACGACGACGCGUGGGCCGCGUUCCGGUGGGUGGAGUCGCUCUCGGACCCCUGGCUCGCGGAGUACGGGGACCGCGGCCGGACGUUUGUCGCCGGCGACAGCGCCGGCGGCAACAUCGGCUACCACACGGCGGCGCGCGCCGGCAGCGAGAACGGCGCCGGCGACGGCCGCGCCAUGCAGAUCCAGGGGCUGAUCAUGGUGCACCCCUUCUUCUGGGGACCCGACAGGCUGCCGUGCGAGGCGGCCUGGGACGGCGCGUCGGUGCUCCCGGCGUUCGGCGUCGACUGGCUCUGGCCGUUCGUCACGGGCGGCCAGGCCGGCAACGACGACCCCCGCAUCGACCCCACCGACGACGAGCUCGCGUCCCUCUCCUGCCGCCGCGUGCUCAUGGCAGUCGCCGGCAGGGACACCCUCCGCGACCGCGGCCGCCGCCUCGCGUCCCGCAUGCGCGGCGCCGUUGACGUGACGCUCGUCGAAUCCGAGGGCGAGGACCACGGCUUCCACCUCUACCGCCCGCUGCGCGCCACCAGCAGGAAGCUCAUGAAGAGCAUCGCGCAGUUCAUCAACCAGCCGCCUGCCACCGCACCUGCACCACCAACACCUGCGCCGGCGACUCCGCUGAGGUGGCCGGAAACCAUUCUGUCCGAGCUGGACGAGUGGCGGUCGACGUACGACGACGGCGCCGCUCCCAACUCGUCACAGAUCCUUCUCGGCAUGCCUACUAGGGCAUACAAGGCAAUAUUCAUUGACGCGUCGGAGAAGAAAGCCAGCACCGGACAUGGCUCCUCUAACACGGCCGUCGUCGCGUCAUUAACCAUUGGACGCAGCCGGAGCGCAUCAAAGACAAGCUACGGGAUACCAUGGUCAGCAACCACCGCAGCUCAUAGUUACAGAGGGGUAGCUGCUGCAGGAAGCCUCAGCCAGCACUACUGUCAGCGUCUGUUCCAUGGAGGAGUACUGUGGUGAACGUUUGAUGGUUUCAUCGUACCGAUCGAAUAAUGAUA